CAAACGUUUUCCCAAAGCGGCGCAUUCCGGGAAGCACACGUCCUCUUUCUCAUAGGGGGUCUCAUAGGGGUGCUGAAGUGGUUCAUCAUUCUUCAUUUUUCCUAUUCCGGCCUUUUAACGCAUCGCCAAUAUCAUCCCGGGGGAGAAAAAGUUUCAACAAGCACCCAGAGGCCAAACACAGACGUAUCAUGGCCGAACCGUCCAAAACCGCCAAGGGCAAAGCACGCCUUUCCCGCCCUUCUUCAACCAAAACCACUAACAAGAACAACCCCUCCGAACCCCCUGCCCCCUUCCGCCCGGCCCCGGAGGCUCUCAAGCCCUUCUACGCCACCCUUCCCCCCGGGCACGUGUACAUCACGCACAUGGACCCGCGGCCAGCAUCCUUCAAGCGCAAGCUGUUCCUGGUGCCCGUGGCCAUGAACGUGGCCGUGGCGUGUAUUUUCGUCUGGCGCAUGGCCCACAUCCUGCCGUACUAUUUGGACCUGGCGUGGUCGGCGCUGGGCCACCGCAACAGCACGACGGUAGUAGCUGCCGAGUCGACGUGGCGGGAGCUGGGCGGGACCAUCGUCGGGCGCGCCUUCACCUUCCUGCUCGACUUCCUCCUGGCCGUCUUCGUCUGGCCGUGGCCGUACGAGUUUGUCGUCGGCGCGGGCACCGCCGGCCGCGGCAGCCCCGUCCGCUGGCGCUGGGCGGUGGGAUUCCGUGACCGUGAGAUCUACGUCCGCCGCAGCCGCCCGUCUUGGGACCGGCAGCUCGCCGAGGCUGGCGACUUGCUUGCCGAGGACGCAAAGGCUGCCCGCGACGCUCGCGAAGUACUCAUGGCCCAGGUCCGCAAGGCGACGGCCCCCAUGCUGCUGCAGCAGAAGACGGGGUAUUUGACCAUGGACGGGGACUGGGACUUGGACUGGGCUGGGAUGGUGACGGCUACGCGGCUGGUGGAUCAAAAGAAUGUCAAGCUGGAAGCAUUUGGGCUUGUGGUGUUGCUGCAUCAUGAGCGGUUCGGGUGGUUGACGAUUGAUUUGGGCCAGGGGGAGGGCGCCGAGCAGGACGAGCGCCGGAGGCAAGUGUUUGCUUUCCGGGAUGCGCUCGCCCAACUUGGCAAGGAGGACUUGUUCUUUCGCUGGGUCGAGAUGAUACAGUUCGAGACCACCCAGCCCGGUGGAUUUACGGCUGAGAAGCAGGCCGCUGCGGCGAAGAAGAUUAGGGACAUGUUCAAAUCGAACGGUGUGGAUUUUGACGAGCUUUGGAAGGAAACGGUGGGGACGGAUGGGUUAGCAGGCAUGCCCUGAUGGCCGGUACUGUAUAGACAUCUGUAAUACCAUGCCCUACCUCUCCGACUGCGUGGCGUUUGGCCCCUCCGGAUAUCAUACGCGGCUUCGCGAAGCAGGGCAAUGGAUAAGCGGAGAAACGCGAUCCGGUUGGAGAUGCUCAUAUAGCGAAAGCGCAGACUUUCUGGGAAUGUGGGCAGUCCCCUGUACUAUCAUAGAUUCUUCAUCGUCUCAUUUCUUCUUCGGCUUCUUCGCCGGGCCUAACGCCGCUUCGCGUCUCUUGGCUUCCCUGGCCUCCAUUUCGGCCCGUCGCGCCUUCUCUAGCGCCUCCUUCUCCUCCUUCUCAGCCUG